CAUUGACGAAACACUCUUGUAUGGUAAAUAUCGCCAUACAUUAUUAACUGCAAUUGCUUAAGAUGGGAACAAGGGAAUCUUCCCGCUUGCCUUUGUUUUGGUCGAGAAAGAAUGCAUAGCCACGUGGUCUUGGUUUAUGGCGUGUGUUUGUAAGAAUGUGAUGCAUAGUCCAAGUUUAUGUGUUAUUUCCGAUAGACAUGCGAGCAUUCUAGCAACCAUGAAGGAGCCGGAAUGGCAACCUCCGAAUGCCCAUCAUAGGUUUUGCUUGCGGCACUUGUUAAGUAACUUCAACCAUCAAAUGGGUAAUGUGAAGUUGAAGAAGAUGUAUGGAAGGACUGCAGAGCAAAUACAACCACAUAAGGUCAUCGAGGGAUUGAAGGCCAUUGGUGUUGCUAAUCGAGAAGCACUUUUUUGGAUUGAUCAAGUUGGUGAUAUGUGUAAAUGGUCAAUAUGUCAUGAUGGAGGGUAUAGGUAUGGUGUUACUAAUACCAACUUAGCCGAAGUAUUCAAUAACGUGAUGAAGGGUGUACGUUUCUUGCUUAUAACCACUCUUGUGGAGUUCAUCUUCUAUCGUGUUAAUGAUUAUUUUGUUAAAAGACGCGAGAACGCAAAUGCAUGGCUAAUUAGGGGAAAUAAGUAUACUUCACACGCCACAAGAAUUAUCACACGUAACACUGAGAAGGCAAACUACCAUGAGAUCGUCGCAUUUGACUGCAAACGAGGCCUUUUUCAAGUUAAGACUGGACGUGGUAAUAGAGGAUCCGCCAAGGGUGGUAAAAUACAAAGUGUGGAUAUGAGAGAGAUGAAAUGCACUUGUUACAAAUCCUUCAUAUAUAACUUACCUUGCUCUCAUGUUCUUGCCAUUUGUAUUAAACGACACUUAUCGUAUGAGCGUUUUGUGGACACCUACUACACGACCCAGAGCUAUGUGAAUACAUAUGAAUCCAUAUUCUUGCCGUUGAUUGAUAAGAGGUCAUGGCCUCAAUACACCGGUGUUGAGGUGAUACACGAUCCAGAUCACAUUCGUGGAGUAGGAAGACCUAAGUCAAGGAGGAUCACCAACGAAAUGGACGAAGAGUCAAGGAGACGCAUCGCUUGUCGAAGGUAUGGUAGUGAAGGUCACCACACUAGAACUUGCACGUCAAGGUAAACAGUAUCUGUAUUUGAGUAUAAAAACAUAAAGACUAUUUAAACAAAUAAUUUGAGUAUUUCUUAAGUCUUUUUACAUAUAAUCAUAACUGCAGCUUAGUUAUUGUUGAAUUGCAGUAGAGAUGGAUCCAGUAGCUCCAGGCCCUCGCGACCUUAGUGUGCUUACGAUGCAGGCGGAUCACAGGAGCAGUGUAAUGUGGGAUGUCCAGGUGUCCGACAAAGAGACCAUAUACACCAGGCAUCACAGGAGCACUCAUGCAUAUUGUCAGGGGCGUGGAGAGCAUCUGUACCUCUUAUUUGCUUCAACAUAGUCGAAGUGCAUCUCCCUGAGCGCGUACUACGCCAAUUUGGGAUGGUACAGGGCAUCCCGCCACUAUGUGACACAUAGGCGGAGCUCCAUUGCAGCUCACGCAAGGGUUGGGAACCCAAAAACUGGAUCGAGAUCAACUGGGGCCAUGUCACUCGCUGAGAGCACAAGCUAGAGCUGCUGGCCCAAGGUGCGCCGAUCGAGGCUAUAGGCGCACUUACUUCGAGGGAUUACAUGUCGUGGUUCCUCUCCAUCACUCGUCGAUGGAUGACACCACGAGGUAUCAUCCUGGCAGCCCAUUACACUCCCGCAGCACCGACGAUGACACACUUUGCACAGGGCAUUGCAUCUAUCAUCAACUCCACCCAAGAGGAGCCUGUACGGGAGAUUGCCCAAGGCAUACUCCUAGGGACGCAGUUUCAGCACUUCAUUCCAGAAGUGACUGUGCCCGACAACACUAUAUAUGAGUACGGGUCAUCUGCUCAUCAUGCCGACGUUCAUCUUGAGGAGGUUGACUUAACGUGCCCCGACUAUGGUGCCGGGUCCUCACAGGGUGCUACAUCAUCACAGUAUCAAUCACCUCCCCUAUCCGAGCGUCAUGCGACGACCUCUUACUAUCGUAGGAGGCGUCGUAAACCGUCACAGUUAGACAGGGUACAGGAGGAGGAUUAGCAUUAGAAUACUGUUUGUAUAUAUUGAACACUAGUGACAUUUUGUAUAUAUUGAACAUUUGUACAUAUUCAAUAUUUGUAACAUUUGGACUUUUGUGUAUAAUUUGUAAUAUAUAAGUAG